AUGAAGGUCUUCAUAGUAUUGUGCCUCGCAACCCUCGCUCUCUCUGCCCCACUGGCCCUGGAGGAGCAGUGGCAGAAGUGGAAGCUGCAGCACGGGAAGAGUUACUCAAAUGACGUGGAAGAGUCCAUGAGACGUGCAGUGUGGUUCAGGUCAUACCACUACAUCCAAGAACAUAACUCUCAAACUAGCAACUCAUUCCAGCUGGCACUAAAUUCACUCUCUGACAUGACCCAUGAAGAGUACUUGAGUGACUAUCUCACACCUCAAACUGCUCAAGUAUCAGAAGGAGUUCCUCACGAAGUUGCUUUCAAUGUUACCUACCCCUAUAGCUUGGAUUGGAGAAUGAAAGGCUUCGUCACAGAGGUCAAAGACCAAGGGACUUGCAGUUCCUCAUGGGCUUUUAGUGCAACAGGAGCUCUAGAAGGUCAACUGUACAAGGCCACCCGCCAGCAAAUUAGUCUCAGUGAGCAACAGCUUCUAGACUGCUCCAUCAACUUUGGGAACAAGGGCUGCAGUGGUGGAGUAUCCACUAAUGCUUUCAUGUACGUUAAUCGUUGUGGAGGAAUCUGCAGAGAAUCUGCCUAUCCAUACCUGGGAUAUGUCUAUUACUGUGCCGAUCAGCACUGCUCCAGCACUGUCACUUGCGCUGGGUUCUCUACUUUACCUUCAGGCAGUGAGAACUCUCUUUUGGAUGCUGUCUACAACAUUGGACCAAUAAGUGUCACAGUUGAUGCCUCAAGCAUUCAGUUCCAAUACUACACCAGCGGAAUAUACUGUGAUACCUCAUGUAGCCAGUCCAACCUCAACCAUGCCAUGCUUGUGGUCGGCUAUGGCCUGGCACUUUCUGCUCCUUUUGCACAGGAGAAAGACUGGCAGCAAUGGAAGAGAAGGCACGGGAAGAAGUAUGUGAAUGAGGUGGAGGAAUCAAUCAGGAGAGCUGUGUGGUUCAGAACAUUUAAACACAUCGAGGAGCACAACAAAGAUGAUGCCUAUUCCUACAGUUUGGGGUUAAAUAAAUUUUCUGAUAUGACCAAUGAAGAGUUUAGAAAAUUAUACCUCAGACCUGGAAUGGAAGCUAUGCGUCCAGGGCAGAGUCAAGUGGACACUAAAGUAACACACAAUGUCUCAGCACCUUCUAGCCUUGACUGGAGACAAAAAGGAUUCGUUACAAGUGUGAAAGAUCAAGAAACUUGUGGUGCGUCCUGGGCAUUCAGUGCAACAGGAGCACUUGAAGGUCAACUCUACAAGGAAAAGAGGACACUGAAGAGCCUAAGUGAACAGCAGCUUCUUGACUGCACUGUGGAUUACGGAAACACUGGCUGCAGUGUUGAUGCAUCAAGUGUAUCGUUCCAGUACUACACAAAUGGCAUGUAUUAUGACACUGACUGCAGCAAGACAAACCUAAACCAUGCUAUGCUAGUCGUAGGCUAUGGUACCGACUCCACCACAGGUCUAGACUACUGGAUCUUGAAAAACAGUUGGGGCGAGUACUGGGGAGACAAAGGAUACAUGUAUUUGGCCAGGAAUCAGAACAACAUGUGUGGCAUUGCUACUGCAGCAACCUACCCCGAAAUAGAAAGUGCAUAUUAG